AACGUGUAAUGUAAAUUUAUCUCAUCAAAAUGUAUAUAUUUUUUACUGUAAACUCUUUAUUUAUGUCUUAUAAAUCUCAAACAUUUACGUUUUAAGUGCAGAGUAAAACUCUAACCGCUAACUUCCAAGAUGAUGGCCCUCGUAUCACCCCAGAGUUCACCCCAGAGUUCGGCUGCCGGUGGUGAAGUUUUUUUCACGUUUUUAGAUGUUUUAGAAGUCAGAACUCUUCCUAAAUCCCAGCAGGAUUUCCGAGCGAUAUCUCUGAAGCAUUGGAUGUAUUUUAAGGUUAAAUAUUUACGCAAAAUCAUUCAGGUGAGAGACGUCCUUUAUAGCUUAGCCGCAUUAGCCUUCAGCGAGUCAUGACUGCAUCUGAGGUAAAAGUUACCGUGAAGUAAUUUUCCUUCGAUUAAAAAUAAUUUAUUUGUUUGUCUGCCUAUUUUGUGUAAGCGUGCGUUCUCAUAUCAGAUGCUGAAAUGAUGCAAGUCAUAAAGAUUUAAUCCCAGCUCUCGGCUCCAUUUUUCCGUGGAAAGGUUGAUGAUAGCAUGGAAAUAUUCCCUCACGCUGAUGAUGAACAGAGAUAUAUAGAAGUUGGAGAGGACCGGUGAGGCGACAGAGGGAAAACUAGUGAAUCUGUUCAUUUAUUCAACAGCAGCUUCUUCCUGGUUGUUUCUCACACACUUUCAUUCAUUUCUCUGUCUGUCUGUCUCUCUCUCUUGGUCUCUCUCUCUCUUUCUGUUUCUCUCUUUGUCUCUGUCUGUCUCUCUGUCUCUGUUUCUCUCUCUCUGUCUCUCAGUCUCUCUCUCUCUUUCUGUUUCUCUCUUUCUCUCUGUCUGUCUCUCUCUGUCUCUCUCUCACUGUCUUCGUCUCUCUCUCUCUCGCUCUCUCUCUCUCUGUUUCUCUCUCUCUCUCUCUAUUUAUAUGACACAAUCAUUUCUGCUCUACAGAAGUCACUUAUCAAAGGCAUACAGGAAAUAUUGGUCAGGUUUUGGGUUUUAUUUAAACCUGUCAUAUUCAAAUAUUUUGUUCCACUUCCUUUUUUUCUCCUGAUAUGUAGUCUUUGUCCAUUCAUUUUCCAAAAAAUAAAAGUCCAUAAAAGUAUUUGAAAGAAAGCGUGUAGGACAGAACUGAAAGUCCCUGGCUGUGUGUGUAUGUGUGUGUGUGAGACUCAGGUAAAUCAGCAGGCGGCCGUAAAUUCCCCCUGAGCCCAUCUGCCGCGCUAACACACACACUUCACACUCCAUCAGCAGCGACAAUGUCUCUGUCCAAGCCGGCACAAUCGAAUGCCGUCCAUCUAGUCCAUCCUCUUUGCCUGGGACACGCUAGAGCGGUGAGGAUUUCCACAGAGCCAUGUCACUGACGCAGCUCUGACUGUACUUCAGAAAAAUCAAUUACUGACCUCCGCUGAACUACCCCCCCCACACACACACAUCCCCCUCCCCCCAUCUUCAGUGACGAAUCCCGUCCUCCCACCAGAGUUUUAUUUUUGGGUCCGAAGCCUCUCGACGUCCAUCUGUGCUUUUCAGCUCGAGCCAAGAGAGAAACCCAGAGAGUUUUUAGCCUUAUGGUGCGGCUUAGGAAGAGAACAGCAGGCUGGAGGUACAGAAACAUGACACUGGACUGGAACUGGUGGUGCGAGAUGGGAUAAGAAUAUCGGAGUGUUAGGAGAUACUCAUUACGUAUCAUGAUGUAUAGAUUUGAACAGCAUGUCUCUGGAGCUCCAAAUCUCCCUCAAACUUGCUGUUUACGAUACGGAUACGAUGGCAGCCAUGUUGGAAAAUGGAGUGACUUUUUUGCGCAGCACAGUUUGAUGUUUCUAACCGUGUACCUCAGCAACAGCGAGAAUCACUACACCGAGGUGCCUGUAACCCCGGAGACUCUGUGCCGGGACGUGGUGGACGUGUGUAAGGAACCCGGAGAGACGGAGUGCUACCUGGCCGAGAGCUGGAGAGGAUCAGAGCGAGUGGUUAGUGACGGUGAGAGGAUGAUGGAGCUGCUGCAGCGCUGGGGGCAGCAGAGGUCCGAGGUUCAGUUCGUUCUCCGCCAUGAGCGAGCGCCCGGUCAUGACACAGGGACUCCCAGGGGCCUGGAGCUCUCACUGAAGAGGAACAUGCUGAAAACCACGAGUGAGACGCACCUUGAGAACGGGAUGGUUCCUCCUCCUAUGGACAUUAGUCUCACGGAGCUGCAGGAGAUGGCGUCCCGGCAGCAGCAGCAGAUCAAUGUGCAGCAGCAGGUUCUGGCCUCCAAGGAGCAGCGUCUUCGCUUUCUGAAGAUGCAGGAACAGCAGCAGCGUGAGCAGGAGAAACUGCGGCUGUUACGUGAGAACGCAGAGAACCAGGAGGCAAAGCUGAGGCGUGUUCGAGCGCUCAAGGGUCAGGUGGAGCAGAAACGCCUCAGCAACAGCAAACUAGUGGAGGAGAUUGAGCAGAUGAAUGGUGUGUUCCAGCAAAAGCAGAGGGAGCUGCUCAUGGCCGUGUCCAGGGUGGAGGAGUUGAGCAAGCAGCUGGAAACGUUACGCAGCGGCAAACUGGACGAAAUCACUGAACUGGAGAGACUCUACAAAGAGCUUCAGCUGAGGAACAAGCUGAACCAGGAGCAGAGCGCUAAGCUCCAUCAGCAGAAGGAGUGUCUGAGUAAGCGCACACAGGAAGUAGCGGGGAUGGAGCGGCGGCUAGCCGACCUGCGCCAGAGACUGUGGAAGAAGAAAGCAGCGCUACAGCAGAAAGAAAACCUGCCUGUGAGUGCAGGACAACAGCCGGGUGAUGGCCAGAGCUCACAUCCUCCCUCGGUCCAGUCCAGAAUCGCCGCUGUCGGCCCUUACAUUCAGUCUCCUGCUCCUCCACUUCCUCCCAAACAGGAUGUCCUGGUGAAGCCCGCCUAUCUGGAUGGCACUAGCACACUGCCCAAACCACUUACCAAACCCACCGGUAAAAGCUCCAAACUUUCGGAAUGGAGUGUAAGUGGUGAGAUCAGCAGUGUGGGCGGGUCUCAGCGAGGUUACGCCUCAACCCUGCCACGUAUGAGUAGCCAUGGUUCCAUGGAGAAAGAUCCCGAGGCAGAUUGGAAGCCCCCACCUCUUCCGUUACGGAAGAAUCAGAGCAACGAAGACCUCUUAAACGAUGGCCAAGUUGGCGGUAAAGUGCCCCCUCCGGUCCCCAGCAAACCCAAACUAACUCAGUCCAGCUUCCCCAAGCCCUGUUUCUCCACUGGCACCUUUCCAGGCAAAGCCAAACCCACCCAACCCACCCACCAGCUGGCCCCCCACCUCCCGAAGGCACCGAUGCCCGCGGCCACAGUACGGCCCUUCAGCGUGGAGGGCUCAACAAGCAAAGGACCCACCAUCCAGAAACCUCAGACCCUGGCGGCCAGCUCCAUCUACUCCAUGUACACGCAACAGAGCUCACUAGCUAAAGGCUACCAGGGCCAGAGCACGCUGACCCGCUCACAGCCUCGUGUGUAUGGUAAACCGGUCAUCCCAUCCAGCAGAGGGCAGCACUUACACUCCCAGGACAGCAGCCACAAUGAGAAAGGCGGCUCUGUCGAGGCUGAUCAGGUAGACCAACCCUUCAGCAGCGGACCCAGUGAGGGCACAGAGUCAGAGCGAGCACCUCGUCCACUGAGUCCCACCAAGCUGCUACCGUUCCUUAUGCAACAGCACCGCCUGCAGAGCGACGCUGAAUUGGAGACACCCCGCAGACGGCUGCAGCAUGCGCCACGUCCGUUAAAGAAGCGCAGCUCCAUCACAGAGCCCGAGGGACCCGGCGGACCCAACAUCCAGAAGCUCCUAUACCAGAAGACUACACUGGCGGCCAUGGAGAUGCCAGAGAUUAACACGCCGGCUGCCGAGGAUACAGGGGGCCUGUCAGGUGGAGCUCAAAAGGCAUCAGAUACAGACAGGGAUGUAGAGGAGGAAGACCAGACUCCGCCUCCUCUUCCACCACGUUCUUCUGCUGCAGAACAGAGCAGAAGAACUGAACUGAAGGAGGAUGAUGAGCAGGAGGUGGGUAGUUCAGUUCCAGCUGAGGAAUACCCUCCGUAUCCUCCACCCCCAUACCCCAGCACAGGCAACCAGGAAGAGGAAGAGGACUGUGGCAUGACGGCACCAGAGGUCACUGGACAGGUCACGGUGCCACCGGGGAAGCGAACAAACCUGCGGAAGGUGGGGUCAGAGCGGAUCAGCCACAGCAUGAGGGUACGCUUCAAUCCACUGGCCCUCCUGCUGGACGCCUCACUGGAGGGCGAGUACGACCUGGUGCAGAGGAUCAUCUACGAGGUGGAGGACCCCAGCAUGCCCAAUGAUGAGGGCAUCACAGCGCUCCAUAACGCAGUAUGUGCAGGACAUACGGAGAUCAUGAAGUUCUUGGUGCAGUUUGGAGUCAACGUCAACGCGGCCGACAGCGACGGCUGGACGCCCCUACACUGCGCCGCUUCCUGUAAUAACGUUCAGGUGUGUAAGUUCCUGGUGGAGUCGGGCGCAGCCGUUUUCGCCACCACCUACAGCGACAUGCAGACGGCGGCGGAGAAGUGUGAGGAGCUGGAGGACGGAUACGCUCAGUGCUCACAGUUCCUCUACGGUGUGCAGGAGAAGAUGGGGGUGAUGAACCGGGGUAUUGUAUACUCGCUGUGGGACUAUGAGGCCGAGCACUCUGACGAGCUGUCGUUCACCGAGGGCGACUGCAUAACUGUGCUGAGACACGAAGACAGAGACGAGAACGAGUGGUGGUGGGCGAGGUGCGGAGACAACGAAGGAUACAUCCCCCGCAACCUGCUCGGGCUGUAUCUGCGGAUCAAACCCAGGCAGAGGAGUUUAGCCUAGACCUCACCAUGGAUCAGUCUCAAUCCAAACCACCUUCCCUCAAUUCUAGUGACCGCAAAGGGCUGAAGGAACCAAGACACUCCAAAGUGCUUCUUCCUGAGACACUGCUGCAUUCCAGAGCUUCACUUCUACUGUACGUCGAUUCGUCGUCUUCUUCAGAGGCACAAGGGAGGAUGAGGAUUUGUAAUAAUUACAUCUCAUGAAUGUUUAAACACUACUGUUCAUGGCCUUUCUAGAAUGUGAAUGUAAUUCAGAAAUAAUGAUUUGCACAGCUCUUAAGUUAUUUGUACAGAGGUGACGGCAGUUCGUAUAUCCCGAAAUCACUCAGUGAGUCAAUGAACUCGAUCAUGUGACCAUCUUGAAUUUCUAUUUUGGCCAAUUUCAGCAGACAGGUUUGUUAGAAAGCGUCUCUGGUGACGUCAUACGAUCAAGUAAGCUUAAGCUCCGCCCACAUUGACACAAAAUCAGGAUGUCCAUGCCACGUCACUUUCAUUUUUUCUGUUUCAGUGUGCAAACUGGAUUAGUUUAUCUGCUAAUAAAUAUACUUUUACGAUUAAAAAUAAUAAAUAAGAACUAUGGUGCUCAACUUCUGGUUCGUGAUAAAUGACAUCUUGUUCAAAAAUAAAUCAAUAAAACCUUUGUAAUGAAA